GAUCAUUGGUACUUCUGAUAAAGUAUAUUACUUUAUUUAAUGUUUGCAGUCGAUAUGUGAAGAUUUUUGUCAAUUGCGGUAUAUCACAUUUGGUGAAAUAUUAUAAAGUGGUAUACAUUCAAUAAAAUUUAUAUUAUUAUUAUUUAUAAAGCUUGGAUUUUAAAGUUGUUAACUUUGGAAUACCAAAACUGUUAUCAUGACCGACCACAUAGAUGAUACAAUUUUGAAUAUGGUUAAAGACUUCAAAUCCACAGGACCUGGUCCUGAUAUUUUCUUUUCACACAAACGUUCGUCAAGUUCCAAUUCGAACGAAAGCAGUUAUGAGGAUCGAACACCAGCUAAAAAGCCGAAACUGGACGUUAAUUUAGAUAUGUCUUAUGUUGGUUCGCCCAGAGAAGUGAGGAGAAUGAGGGCCGAUUUAUUAGAAGCCAGAAAUAUCAUCAAAGGCUUAGAAAGUAGAAUAAGCCAUAUGCAUUCUGUAAGAAAACAAAUGCAGUUGAUGUUUGAAGAAGAAAAUAAGACACUCAAACGCCAAAAUGAGUAUGAUAAAAAGUCCAUAGAGGAAUUGGAAAGUCAACUUCAAACCAUUAGAAAAAGAGAAAUUGAAUUGAAGCAUGAAUUAGCAAAGGUAAAUAAUAAGUAUGAAUUAUUAAAAAUCAAUACAAAUCACAGUACAGACAUGCUCGAAAAAAGUUUAAUUGAAAUGAAAGAAGCAAACAAAAGCAUGGAAUGUGUAGAGAAGGGAGUUAUUCCUGGUUUGGAAAGAAGGAUUCAAGAGUUGGAAACUAUGUUGGAAGCAGCAGAAGAGGAUGCUGAAGCCCAGAAAAAAUUAGUAGAAGAAUUGGGUAAAAGAAUAAGUGAGGAUAAUGCUAUACAAAGAGAUCUGGAUCUAAAAGAACAAGAAUUGUUAAAAGCAAGGUUGUAUAUAAAAGAAUUGGAAUAUGCAAAAGAGAGUUAUCGAGAAUUUCAAGAACAGGGAAAGACCCAAUCUCAAAAAUUACAAAGAUACGCAGAACUCGAGAAGGAAAAUGCGCAACUGAGAGAAGAUACAAAUAAAUUAAAAGAACAAGUUAAAAAUAAGUUGAUACUCGAAGAGGAGGUUUUCGAUUUGAAAAACAGACUGGCUAAAUGCAAGGGUUAUGAAAAGAAGUACGCAGAUUUACAGCUUCAAGAAACAAAGAAAUCUAUGGAAUUGAACGAAUGGAGAGCAGUUGCGAGAGGUAUAUGUGAGUCAACGCAACCGGAUUCGACAUUACCCCAUCUCCUUAGAAAAAUUGUCGAAAGAUUACAACAACAGGAACUAACUUUGACCGCCGAAAAAGUUGAAUUAGAAUCCCAGGUGAAAGCUAUCACUUAUGAAGCGAGAGUGGCAGGAUCUGAAAUAGAAAAGAACUCACAACUAUUGGUUGAUUUGAAACAAACAGCAGCUCAAAGACAAAAACUCAUCCACCGUUUGGAGAAGAGACUAAUGUUAGUGACCAGAGAAAGAGAUAGCUAUAGAUUACAGUUGGAUUCCUACGAAAAAGAUCUGACUAUGAACCCUCUAUCAGUUGGUACCAGCAAUGCAAUAAACCAGAUACAGUCACAAAAGAAACGCAUUGAAACUCUUGAGAAGAAUGUGAUGGAGUAUAGGGAUUUGGUUACUAAAUUGGAGAUAGAUUUGGAAUCAGCUCAACCUCAUGGAGAUCGUGUAGAACAAUUAUCGAAAUUGAAAGAUGAAGUACAACAUUUGAGAUUAGAAAACGACAAAUUACGCAUGAGGAGAGAUGAACUGGAGAUCCAAUUGGAAUCCACAUCGAGACACGAAAAUGCAACACAAAAAAAUAAAGUCAUCCAUCAAGUCAACAACCCUCUCGCCGAAUCCCUUUCUCAGAGAGAAAAGUACAUUGAAAAAUUACAAAGUGAAAUAGAAAAACUGAAAAGAAAAAUUAAAAAUAUGGAGGCAGGAAUUGAACAGAGUAAACUCGGAGAUAUAACUUUAAGUGGAAAAGAAAUAACCGAAUUAAAAGAACAGGUGAAAUCUCUGGAGAAUAAGAGUCAGCUGUUGAAGGAUUAUUUCAAAUCUCAGAUGCAAGAGUUCAGAAAUGUUAUUUAUAUGCUUCUCGGUUACAAAAUCGACAGGACUCAAAAUUCCUUGUACAAAUUGAGGAGUAUGUAUGCGGAACGUCCAGACGAUUUAUUGUGCUUCCAAGUAGAUAAAAACGGUGAUUUGAAUCUGCUUGAAAACGAGUUCAGUGCAAAUUUAGAGAGUAUGAUCAAUCUCCAUUUGCGCCAUCAGAAAUCCAUUCCAGUAUUUCUUAGUGCAAUCACUAUGGAUCUAUUCAAUAACAAAACUAUGACUACCAAAACUAUAGAGCAAGACGACUAAAGUUAUAAGUAUCGUUAAAUGUUUAUACUAGAAGGUUCCCCUUUAUUUCAUAAAUGUAUCUGAGUUUUGAGUUUUUUAUAAAAAUUUUUGUUCUAUAUCAUUUUAAGGUUUAUUUCCAAACAUAAUUAACUGGAUUUCCAAGGAGAAGCCUACACUCUUUAUUGUAAAUAUUUUCUAUGGCUUUGUCCUCAGGAAUUAUGUAUUUCCAUGGUUUUUGGCUGCCAAAACGAGCACGCAUUCUCUAAUGGUACACUAGAUAGUAAAAAAACAAACUUUGUGUUUUAGACAGGGUUGUGAUCCACCAAAUAAAUUUCAUUUACCGGAUUUAUGGUGAAUAAAUAAAAAAAAGUACACUUCUAGCAAAAGACCAAACAAAUCUUACAAAAAGGAAAAAAAUAUAAAAAGAAA